CGGAUGGUGGAAAUGGAAUGUCGGCAAAUAAAGACCAAAGCAGUAGCCAUGGCUGUAAAGCAACCGAAACGAAGUGGACAUUUUACUGGCUAUUCUCUCUGUUUCAUCUAUUCCAUCUCUCUUUCUUUCUUUCUUUCUUCUGUUUCAAAUCUUCUGAGUUACUCGUCGAAGCAACAGAACAAAAAACAACAAUGGCAAUGGCUUUAUGGCUUCUUUUCUCUCCUUUUCUUUUCCUCUCUGUUUCUGCCAAUACUCAAACCAAAGUAACCGAUAACCCUGCGGAUGAGUUGGUGGCUGUGCUUAAUGCCAAUAGAACGGCACACAAGUCAUCAUCUCUUACUGACAACCCAGGCCUGGCCUGCAUUGCUUUACAAUAUAUAAAAGCAUAUCAAGGUGAUUGUAAUGCUGUAGGAGGGCCUGAUGCCAAGAAGCCUGCUGAUUCUGAAUUUGCUGAAACUUUUGCCCCCAACUGUGGUGUUGAUGCCUCAACCCUCUCUCCAAUCACUGGCCGUUUACUUGGAUGCCAAUCGAAAUAUGUCCAGCCUCCUGAAGCAUUCUCAAUGUUGAUGAAAAACGAUAAGAGUUUGGAACUUCUCUACAAUAAGAACCACACAGAAGUAGGGGCUGCAGUGACAGGCACAGAUGGUGGGGCUCCCUAUUUCUGGUGUGUGCUGUUUGGCAGUGGUAAGCAAAAUAGCAGCUUUGUUCUAGAAGGUGGUGUGGCUAAAAUUACAAGACCUGGAUGCUUCAGUGGUGCCAACGAUCAAUGCAGUGGGGUUGAUGAUUCAUCCCGAUUUGGUCAUGUGUGGCUGUAUGCUGUUACAGCUUUUAUUGCUGUGGGAUAUGCCUUCGGGUCAUGAAUUAUGAUCAUAUCCCGUAGCAUGUCAACUAUUUUCCACUUGAUUGUUCAUUCUGCGGGCUGUUUCAGUCCAUUGCCUUAAAUAGCUUGGCCUCUCUAGUAGGUUUUUGGCUUUAUGUUAUAAUAAUUUUAUUGAUUACUUUUUUCGCAUUUAGAGAGUCCAUACUUUAUGCCAUUGAUUUCCCCAGUUUCAUUUGUAAACUUUGAAAUUGAUUGAACCUACUUGGAAUGACAAUUAUUAUUUUUACUUGGAAUGGUAU